AUGGCCAAGGCUCUCAAACCUUUCAGGUGGUUUGACCAGCUGACCUGGACUUGGCCAGUGGCCCUGUCCUCCGUCUUGGCCGCCCCACCAUUCUGGCUGACGAGGAAGAUGCUUCCCUUCAAGGUGAGCAAAUGGAUGGGGCUCACCUGCUUCCGAUCACUGGUGCUGUUCUCUCCCAGUACUCGCCAGAAGAAACUGAUUCAUAAGCUGCAGGAGGAAAAGGCUUUUCGGGAAGAGAUGAGAAUUUUCCGUGAGAAAAUAGAAGACUUCAGGGAAGAGAUGUGGAAUUUCCGAGGCAAGAUGCGUGCUUUCCGGGGCCAGAUGUUGGGUUUUUGGGAAGAGGAGAGACCUUUCUGGGAAGAAGAGAAAGCCUUCUGGAAAGAGGAAAAGACCUUCUGGGAAAUGGAAAAAUAUUUCCGGGAAGAAGAGAAAACUUUUUGGAAAAAGUACCGUACGUUCUGGAAGGAGGAUAAGGCCUUCUGGAAAGAGGACAAUGCCCUGUGGGAGAGAGACCGGAGCCUUCUUCAGGAGGACAAGGCCCUGUGGGAGGAAGAAAAGGCUCUGUGGGUAGAGGAAAGAGCCCUGCUGGAGGAGGAGAAGGCUCUGUGGGAGGAUAAAAAGUCUCUCUGGGAAGAAGAGAACGCCCUCUGGGAGGAAGAGAAAGCCCUCUGGGUAGAAGGUGGUGGGCACAUCCUGGGGGAACAAGUGCCUGAGGAUGGGCCCUAUGAUGUCAAUGGUGGGCAGCAAUCACCAGGCCUCUCCCGGGGCAGGGCAUAA